CCUUGGAGAGCUGAUGUGCGGCGCGCGCGUCCAAACGCUGCUGCUCUGAGAGUCUCUCAGGUUUCAGGAAGUGUCGGAUUUGCUCUAUAUUAUGGUCGUGCAGCCGUGAUCCGCGGUGAUCAUCCUUCUGGAUCUCCGCUCGGGCACCAUGUCCACCCGGCACAGCCCGAAGUGUGCGCUUCUUCUCGCGGUCUGCGCGCGCGUCGUGUCCGUGCUGACGCUCUGCUGCCUCGGGAGAUUGUUUACAGCCGCUGCCUAUCCGGAUCAACACAACACUUCAGAGCGUUAUGAGGUGAUUGAGCCAUACCUGCUCAUUGAAGGACAGCAGAGACCGGUUAGUCUCAUCAAGUCACUGGGUCAUCCUGCAUCAUUGAAGGUGCUGAUCGAAGUGAGCGGCGAGCAGCUCUUACUGGCUUUGUGGAAAAAUGAAGGGUUGUUCGCUAGUCAUUACACAGAAACACACUACCUGGAGGAUGGAGUUGCCGUCACCACCUUACCUAAUGUCACGAUUCACUGCUACUAUCAUGGUGAGGUGGUGGGUCACCUGGGGUCAGAGGUCACCAUCAGCACCUGCACAGGACUCAGAGGCCUGAUUUCACUUGAAGAUGAAGUGUAUGUCCUGGAGCCGAUGCAUGAGGGAAACACUCACCGUCUGUACAGAGGACAACAUCUAAAACUCACCCAGGGAACUUGUGGACACGGUCAUAAUAUUUCACAGCCUGCAGAGAUGUUCAACACUACAGUCUUCAGCUCUCACAGCGCUCGGGUGAGCUCAGAUUGACACACAGCACCCAGUAUUCCUGUUUAAGGGGUCAUGA